GCUCCUUAAAAUUGAAGCAUUCGUUCUUAGGCAUCCUUUGCCCCAGAAGAAGAGAAACGAACAUAUGAAGGCAAGCUCUGAAGACUAACUCCAAGAAAUGGCAGAUUCUCCUCCUUCAAGAGAUGUGGCUAUCUUUCGCAGAAACGAAUCGGAUUGUGGAGAUGAUGAAGAGAGUGAUUGUAGCUAUUCUCUUUCCGACCUAGAGAAAAUCUCAGACAGUGAUAUGGAAGCAAUUAAUCAAGAUAAUAUCGAGUUUGAAAAGAAUGUGGACUUCAGUGUUGAAUAUGCUGGUUUAAUGAGAGAUGAAGAACAACUGGCUCUUGGGUGUACUGCAGAAAAAUGUUGGUCUGACCCCAACUUAUCUGAUGAUGAUUCUGUAGAAGAUUCAGAAAGUGAUGUUGAAAGUUCAAAAGUCCCCUGGCCUAUUUUCAGAGCUAGCACAGAAAUGGAAAAUCCAACAUUUUCUGUAGGUAUGACAUUUUCAAGUAAGAAAGAAUUUAGAGAAGCAGUGCAUAAUUAUGCCUUUGAAAAUGGAAAGGACUUGAAAUUUGUGAAAAAUGAUUCUCUUAGAUUUAUUGUGAAGUGUGAGCAAACUGAAUGCCCUUGGACAAUAUCUCUAAGAAAAGUGCAGAAUUCUUUAUCAUGGAGAAUAUUGAGGUUAUCAAAAAAACAUGAAGGAUGUGGUUGGAAUUACCAUAACAGGAUGGUUAAUUCAACCAAAGUUGCAAAAAGAUGGUCCAAAGAGAUACAAUUCCACAUCAAUUGGAAAAUGAAGGAAUUUAGAAAAAAAAAAUGUGUACUAAAGAAAAGUUUCACGUCAGUACGAAACAAGCGUAUAGAGCGAUCCAGAAAGCAAAGAAACAAAUCCAAGGGGACCAAGAGGAUAACUUCAAAAAUAUUUGGAGUUAUUGUGCAGAAAUUGAUAAGACCAAACAUAAGUCAACGUGUGUUGUGAAAGUAAGUGACUUGACUGGCCAGAGCGAAGAAAACAGGUUUAUGAGAUUUUAUAUGUGUUGGGAUGCUUGUAAAGAGGGAUUCAAACAUUGCCGGCCAUUAAUAGGUGUUGAUGGGUGUCACUCGAAGACUACCAUUGGUGGUCAGAUUCUAACUGCUGUGACUAUUGAUGCGAACAAUAGCAUCUUCCCUAUUGCAUAUGCAAUUGUUGAAGGAGAAACAAGACAGUCUUGGAGUUGGUUUUUGAGGAUUCUGAAAAGCGAUUUGAAUAUAGGUGAGGAUAGUGAACAUAUGUAAACUAUUAUGUCUGAUAAGCAAAAAGGUUUAAUUCAAGCUUGUAAGGAGGUCUUACCUGGAGUAGAUCAUAGGUUUUGUGUGAGACACUUACAUGCCAACAUGAAGGUUGCUGGUUUCCAAGGAACUGCAUUGAAAAAUGCAUUGUGGUCAUGUGCUAGGGCCUCCACAGUGAACUCUUUCAACAUUGGGAUGACUAAGUUGAAGGAACUAGAUGAAAAGGCACAUGAGUGGGUAUCUGAUAAGCAUCCUAGUGAGUUGGACUGUAUUAUCGGAUCAUUUGAUGUUAAUUCUCUACUUGUCCCUGAUGAUAGCCUUCCUUGGAUAGAGAUGGCUAGUCAAAAUGAGGCAAGUGCCAGUGAAAGAAAUAGCGUUUGUGAUGCGGGACAACUCUCUAACAUAGAAGUGACAAGCUAUGGUGUGAACGUUUGUUUUGGAGCUCCUUCCGGUAAACUGAAUAUCAAGAGGGCAAAAUGAAGGACGUAUGGAUUUGGCCUGUGCACAGUUUUUUUGUUCAAUUAUUAAUGUAAUGUUAGCCAAUCACUUUGGUAUAUUUUUUUUGCUAAUGUCAAUGGCUUAGUAAUGUAAUGUUAUGAAAUCUCAUUGUUCAAAAACAUAAAUAUUGAAUGUUAAGUAUUUUGCAAAAUUUUACAUCCAAGUU